CAAUAAUUAUGACUUUUCACCAGAACAGUGCAGAUUAAAAAUCAGGACAAUUAAAGAAAAAUAUGAAAGAAACAAAAAGGAAAAACAAUACAUCGGGGGAAUCCCCUGCUGAUUCUGAUGAUGAGUUGGGGGAAAUUUUUGAAAAGUUGCCCGACAUGAAUCCAGUGUUUCUGAUUGAGUCAAAAGCAAGUAAACGUCCAUCUCCAGAUCAGAGUACUAGUGGAAGUUCAGACGUUGUUAAUUGUAAAAAGAAGAGAACUCUGUCUCCAACUCCUGACCAUACAGAUGCACUUGAAGGGAAAGGGAAAAAGAAAUCAAGAAGAUCGGUUGACAUGAAAACAUUUUUUACAGAAGCUAUUGAAAAGAAAGAGGGAGCAAUUGAGAGGAGACACAAAGAGAAAAUCAACACUAUUAAUUCCUUGGUCGGGGUUUUGAAAGACCUGGUUAAGAAAUAGAACCUCAAAAAGAUAAUUGACAGAUUGUGCCAUGUAAAUUUGCUAAAACAGAUAGUGUUUUAUAACUUUUGAAUUUGUUCAUUAAGUGUUUUUGUUUGCCAAUUUUCAUACCCCACCUGUCAUGUCUG